AUAUUGCAUGCCAUAUAAGAAGAGGAAGGAACGCAUCGCGAUUACAUUUCGGGCCUAUACCUAUAAAGAACAUAUUGUUUAAUUUAUCCUUGUUUUGAUUGAUUCCUCCAAGCAGUUUAGUAGAAAAAAAGUACAAUGGGAGAUAAAAACUCUGAUCAGAGUAUUAUGGAUAAAUCCAUGCGUUCAGUUUUUGUUGGGAACAUUCCUUACGAAGCGACUGAAGAAAAGUUGAAAGAGAUCUUUAGCGAGGUUGGACCGGUUGUCUCUUUGAAGCUUGUUUUUGAUCGGGAAAGUGGUAAACCCAAGGGCUUUGGUUUUUGUGAAUACAAAGACCAGGAAACCGCAUUGAGUGCCAUGCGAAAUCUAAACGGGUAUGAAAUUGGAGGAAGGACUCUGCGAGUUGAUAAUGCUUGUACAGAAAAGUCAAGAAUGGAAAUGCAACAAUUGUUGCAAGGACCUCAAGUGGAAAAUCCAUAUGGAGAGCACUGCGACCCCGACCAAGCGCCGGAAAUUAUAACGAAAACAGUAGCGUCGCUUCCACCAGAACAAAUGUUUGAGUUAAUGAAACAAAUGAAAUUGUGUAUACAGAAUAAUCCAUCAGAGGCUCGGCAGAUGCUUAUGUUAAAUCCCCAACUGGCAUAUGCUUUACUGCAGGCCAUGGUUGUAAUGCGUAUUGUCGAUCCGCCCACAGCGUUGGGUAUGCUAUUCAAAGCAAAUCAAAUGCCUCCCGUUUUAGGUGCUAAAUCAUCGGCUGGAGGUGUACCACCUGUAAAUGCGAUGCAACCGUCGUCAAUAGUUCCUCCAACGCAAGUUAGUGCUACAUCCCUGCCAGUACCAGGACCUAAUUUUAACUCCAUGCAGGGAAACGACAUAGAUCUAAGGGCUAUGGCUAGCGUAAAUUUGGGAUCCCAACCGCAAAUUGAUCCUCGCAUGGUUCGAACUAUUGACCAAGAUUUACGAAACAUGCCAAAUCCGGUUCCCCCUCCUCAAAUGGACCAUAGAAGCCAAAGACAAAUGCAGCAACAACCAAUUAGUACUCCACAAGUCCCAUUCCCAUCCGAUCCCCGGCAGAGGCCUAUGGAUCCACGAUUGAGGUCUGCUGGAACCUCUGGACUUUCACAGAGUGCUCAGCAAACUGCUCAGCAGCAAUUACAAAAUCGAUUGGCCACAAAUUGUGGCCUGCCGAAUGACGCAUCAGACCAAGAAAAAGCCGCUCUAAUAAUGCAAGUUUUACAGUUAACAGAUGAACAAAUUUCCCAACUACCUCCCGAACAGAGGGCUAGCAUUCUUGUAUUGAAAGAGCAGAUCGCUAAAAGUACUCAGCGUUAACCGAUCGCUGUCUUUUUUAUACUAUUAGAGAAUUGUAUUGGAAUCAUUUGGUACAUAGAAUCAAGGACUACAGAUUAAGUAUUUCAAAUGAAAUUUUCCGUAUUGAAAAUAAUAAACAAUUCCCAAAAAAAUUUUGCUAUAA